AUGGCCCCUGGACUUCAAGUAGGGGCACCCUCUCAUCCCCUAUCACCAACACCAGGCACACUGGGAUUGGGCCACUGGAAGCGCGUUUCUGGUGGAAUGAUGGACCUCGACAGCUUUUCCAAUGGUGGUCCACGCUCUGUGGCAUCUCGACGAGCAUCUCGAAAGACGGUCGCAGGCAACGAGUCAUCAGCAAUCUCAAAUGUAGUGUACUCUCUAAAGCGGAGAAGUGGCGACGAGUUAGGUGCUACGGCUUCUUCGAAAUUACUGAACUCCACUCAUGCUACUCUCCUCGACUGGAUCCGCCAUCAACGGAUGAGCAAGCUGCCUCCCGAGGGAAGCAGCUACGAUAAAGUCCUAGCAUGGGCGCAGCUUUUCGUUGAGAGGCUGCACUCCUUCGACCUGGCCAUUGAACAUUUUGCUGGUGAUAGCUAUUUGGCUGCGCAGCUUGCUUAUGGAUACUGCGCCAUUUUGCUUGAGCUGGGGGAAGAUAAUGCCUCAGCUCUCAAGAUAUCAUUCGGUUUCUUCUACAGUACUUCAAUGGUCCUGGUCAACCUCUUAGAACGCACAGAACUGUUCAAUGUUUCUCAGGAAAUCAAGGAGCAGCUAAUACUUGCUCUCGCAGACCUUGUGACCUUGGUUGCAAGUGUUGCAACUCACUUUCACAAAGCGCUGCGCAGCAUUUCCAAGGCUUCUAUCGCUGUCAACAUUCAUGGAACUUUCUCCGGACAGAUUGAAAGCUUCCGGGGUCGUUGUGAAAAGAUAGCAGAGGCAAUGUGGCGGCAUCAGUUACUCAGAGACGAUUUAGAUGGUGACCGAGUAUCUGAAGUCAAGACCAUAAAGAACUGGCUGGCCCCAGAGGAUCGCGUCUUGGCCAAUGUGGCCGAAACGACAUCUCAUCUGGCGCAAGACCGAGAAGAAUUGACCUGCCUUUGGGUAGGGCCCUACUUGACUCGUUUCCUAAAGAGCCCGCAGUUCAAGUGCCUUUCGAUAGCAGGCAAACCAGGUUCCGGAAAGACAGUACUGGCAUCGGUCAUUGUUGAUCAUCUGCAGCAUCCUAUCGGGGGUGUCUCUUAUCAAACUUUAUUCGUCCCAAACAACGGCCGUGUGCCCGCAGAAAGUUCUUCCAGAGCUGUUGUCAAGGCUAUAUUGCGUCAAUUAUUUGAAAAGAGAAUCGGAAACACUCACCUGUUUCAGUUAUUGAGCGAUGCGUAUGAGCAUAGCCGUCGCACCGUCACCGACGAGGACUACGACCGCAUCUUAUGGAGUGUCCUGGAAACAGCAUUUGGGUCCCCUCUUCGCGGAGCAAAACCACUUGUUGUAAUCGUCGACGGUAUGGAUGAGGUCGCCGGCGGAGAGGCACCACUUCUUCAAAAAUUGCAGGAGGUUACUUCAAAAGCAACUGGGCUCAAACUCAUUGUUCUCGGCUCACAGGCCGCUCCAGCACGGCCUGACCAGGCGAAUAUACCGGUGACCCCGGACCUCAUCCUCGACGAUAUAGCCGCUGUCGUGCGCAAUAUCUUUCAAAACCACAAGACUUUGAUUACCAUGUCUGAAGUAGAACAGGAAAUUCUGGUUGAUCGGAUUACGCAGGCAGCCAACGGCUCAUUCCUGUGGGCUAAGAUUGCUGCAAGACAAGCCCGCCAGGAAGAAACCACCGAGGCGCUGCAGAAAUCAGUCAACACACUGGUCGCUGCUAAAUUGACCAUCAACGACCUCGUCACACGGUGUUUACAGGCGCCCGACUUAACGGAAAAUGCAAAGUUGAUUCUAGUCUGGCUCGCAACAGCUGAACGCCCGUUGUCUCAACCAGAGCUCUCUGCUUUGCUAUCUAUUCAGGCUGAUAAGGCUACGACGGUGGCGCAGAAUAUCGAUAUACUUCACCUACUAAAGCCAGUUAACUCAUUAGUUUGCCUUGAAGACGGAUAUAUAUACCUUCGUCAUGCACAAAUUCGCUCCGCCAUUGUGGACGUUUUUUCCAAGGGCAAACUCGUGCAGCAUGUGAAGGAUAGGCAUACAGAUCUUGUUCGUAGACUUUUGGCAUACAUACGAUUGAGCGUCACAGAAGAUCGCGAGCCUUCAUUGACGCCUCUGGAUUUGUUCGAGGUGGGCGAUAUUCUUCGCAAACACGUCCUUCUCGACUUUGCACUACGUUACUGGAUGGUACAUCUUCGCAAAACUGCUGUAUUCAUAAAUGACGGCGAAAAGGCGGCAGCAAAGGAAUUUGGAAAAGUGUUUCCAGUUACUACAACUUUCUUUCUUUUACAACAAACCUUCUGGGAGAACAAGGAUGCACCACUGUUGUUGUCGUGGUAUGCAACUGUGGUUCAUCUCUGCCGCGACAUUUUCACUCCCAAUCAUAUUGCCACCUUCCAAACAACCAUAACGCUGGCGCUGUUUCAUCGUCAAAUUGCACACGUCUCAGAGUCGUCCCAGACAAUAUACGAAGCCUUGACCCUUAGCCGUAAGCUUCUUAGUGAGCACCACAUUAUCACUAUGCAAGUGGCAAGUAUAUUUUUGGAGGUCACCGCGAGCAGUGUCACUAGUUCAAAGACCGAAACCAUGAUUAAGAGAGAAGAAGUGAUGCUACUCUUGAUUGAAUGCUACAAGUCUCACUAUGGCGCAACUUCGGAAAUUAUCAUCUCGACGUUGACUCAACUGGCAGAGCAUUAUCAAUUCAUUAAGGAAGAGCGCAAGGCAAGGGAAAUCUAUCUAUCUCUCCGGUCUACUACUAUCCAACAAUAUGGAGCGGACUCUCAAGAAGUCCGUGAAAUCAACGCAAACCUUCACGUGCAUCUCAAGAGUCACAAAACAACCAAGGAUGAAGAUACCGAAAUCGAUGCAGGAUUGCUGCUGCUCGACGUAUCAGAAGAGGACGAGCUGAAGGAGACAGCCAAAUAUGACUUCAUUACUCUGUUGCAAAGGGCCGAGAAGUAUGUUACCGAGGGCAACCUUGCUCUUGCGGAGCGUACUUACGUUGAGAUUUGGCAGCAUGCAGCCAGCGAGUGUCGUAUUCAUUACUCUGCUGAGUGGGAAGAGAGAAAAAUAACAGCGGUGUUGAAUUACACCAAGUUUUUGAAAUCUCAGAAGCGUGAGUAUGAAGCCUCGUCUCUCCUAACAACGACGUGGCAGGAGUACGAACAGCAAUCGAGUCUCUCCUCUGAGUCUACUAUCUCUCACCUCGUCGAGGUAGCUGAGGUUAUGAAAACGGUUGGUUUGUCUGCUGUAGCCAUAUCCGUCUUCAAGCGAUGUGCCCAAUAUUACGAGAGCACCGGUCGAGUGCAUACGUCCAGCUAUAAGUCAAUCCAGCAAAGUAUCCAGUCCACCUCUAAAGAGGUUAUGAAUGUAGUGUCUUCAUCGUCCAGCUCAUCGUCCUCCUUUACAUCGGAAACUGUUCUUGAAGAAAUGGUCUAUGAGGCGUCUACUUCAAUUACCACUAUUGAUGAAACCUCUAUCACGACUGUUUCGACCUUAUACAGUCGAUAUAUCUCGCAGCACCGCUGGCAAGAUGCAACACGGCUGUUAAAACGUGUUUUGCACGGAAUUUGGGGUGCGCUAUUCGCACCCUCUCUUGAAGAUGUCACCCUUCCGAGCAAGCAUGUAGACCAUUGCAUCGAGCUUGCUGAGAGACUGAGUCAAUGUUACCAUUCUCGAAGACGUCUUGCGAAAGAAGAAGACAUUCUUGUCCGGAUCUACCGUGCCGUUCGAUCGGAUCGCAAGGUCGGAGACAAGCUAUUAGACCGUGUCACAACAGUGCUGAUUCGAUUUUUCGAACGCACCUCUCAGACAGAAAAGGUCAUUCAUCUUAGACAGGAAAUGUUGAGUGACUAUAUAAGACACUAUGGUCUGCACCACCAGAUUGUAAUCCAGAAUCUCUGGGUUCUAGCAGAGCUCACUCGCCCUCGUCCGAUAUUUGUCGACUAUUACCGUCAGAUUAUCAGUGCCAUCAACAAGGAAUCAGACAUCUCCAAGCAAGAAGCAAUCGAGCCUCUCAUCAUUGUAGCUACGGAACUUUGGAGCCAAGGGCGGUACUCGGACGCUGUGCAAUAUUACAAGAUCAUCUUCAACACGUUCCUACAGCAACCCAAAGUCAGCAUUAAAUUUGAGCAGCAGGAAUUUGUCAAGACCUUUUUUUCACGCUACACACAUUGUCUUCGGACAUUACAGAGCGAGUUUACUGCCAUUCAUAAGAUCACAGUAGAGUACCACUCUAAGGUGAAGGCAACCUUUGGUGCCACGGCUUCGAUUACGAUUCAAGCCACAUUGACUCUGGCAAAGCUCUGUCAAGAGUCUAAGCGCUACGAGAUUGAAGCGAUCCAUCUGUAUGAAGAUCUAUUAAAAUUGAAAUCAGAAGAAAUUGACUACCAAGAAAUCACCGCUACUCUUGACUCUAUUUACGAAGAGCAAACUGCUAUUGUCACGUCAACAGAAAGCAAGUCAGUCUCGACGUCUCAGGUCGAGCGAGCCGUUUCGGUGCUCAAACGUCGGAUCAAAUCCGUUCGCCAGACCCAUGGCUGGGCGCACGAAGAAUCUCUAUCCAAGAUGCAGGAAAUGGUUUCGUUUUAUUCGAAACGCGAAGAGACAGAGUCGGUGGUUCAGGAACUCAAAGAAGCCACAGUGCAGAUUUUAUCAACUGAAACCUCUUCUACCAGACUGGUUGCUGCAGCCACCGCCAUUGCGUCUAGUUAUAUAGUGUCUAAGCAGACCACCAAAGCCACGGAACUGUCACAGGAGAUCUACCGUCAGAUAAUCAUGAAGGACACUACAAAUAUCAAGACAGUCCAGUUCGACCUCUCUUCGAAGGAACGCCAGAGCCUUGUGUUCUUGGCCCAACUAGAGUAUAGUCUGCGUCAAAACUCUUCUGUUACGCUGAACGAGAUCUUCUCUUCUCUGACGACCGAAUACGUAUACUUUGAAGAAUUCAGGAAUCUCACAAAGCAUUCAAAAGACGUUACUUUAUACAGUGUCUCAGCCACUGCUGCACGACUCUAUGCAUUCCUCUUGUCAAAAGAGCGCCAUUCAACCGCAAAUCGUGUCUUUGAAGAAUUUACUAAUUACUUCUUGGCCACAGAGGCCAAGCGAGUCAAACUGACAGAAGCGGCCCAAGUUCGAAUUUUUGCAUUGACUUUGCUGGAUUACUUUAGUAUUCACGAGUCUAACAACUUCAUUCGAUCUGUCGGCAUUGCUUGCGAGAAACGUGUUCAGAGCUUGAUUACAGAAAAAAAAUAUGCGGAGGCCUGUGACCUCGCACUCGCUGCUUUCAAAUACAUCUCCGCACACGAAUCAUAUCGGACUACUACCAUCGUCAAGUUUGUCUUCCAGCUAGGAAUGACUAUUUCCGGCAGACAGAUAUCUAAUGCCAUUGACGGUACGGGCCGCAAGAAAAUGUUGGGUAUUUCGGCAACUAUCAUACAGGAUGUCUUGAGCGUGCUGAAGGAUCUGAAGAUAAAUCUAGCGCAACUUAACAUAAGCCACUUGAAUAACUUGAUCGGUCUUCUCGGAGAGCAACGUGACUAUCAGACUUUGGCCUGGCUCCUUACUUUGCUUUGGAACAGCCGCGAGGCGCAGCGAUCCUGGCAGUCGUCCAUCACUUUUGCUCUGGGACGCCGGUUUAUCCUUGCCCGCUACCUUGUAGGCGACACUGCUGCCGCUGUGCGCUUGGCUGAAGAUACGGUUUACAAUUGCCGUCGCGUACAUGGCCAUCGCCAUAAAAUCACGCUCGAUAUGUCCAUUUUGCUAUCGCAGUUGUACUCAAGUGUCGCCCAACGAUACCAAUCUCAGAAAGGUGGACAAGACAUGGCGCACCGAUACUACAAAAAGUCUGCAGCGGUGCAUGAGAAUAUCCUUCGCGCAUUCACCGAUCCAACCUAUGCCGAACUCGAUGGGGGUGACAUGAGCUUGUGUCUAGAUGAAUCUGCCUCCUCAAUUGACCUCGCAGCAGCAGGAGCUUCUGCUCAAAGCAAUCUUUCCGAGGGUGAGCAUGUUCGCCAGCACCUUGAGCUGUUCAAGUUAGCCAUCGAACGAUUUGGAGAGUGGCCAAAGGAUUAUAGUGAAUACGAACGUCUCAAUGCCGAUGUAUUCCGCGAAUUCAAAGAGGAUUUGCAGGGAAUUGAAGGGGUCGAAAAAUGGAAUUUGAAGAAUUUCGGUUCCGGCAAGGCAGAAAGUAAUGCUGACCUGCUCGAUCCGGACUUUGGCAAUUGGGAGAUUUUGGAGACUUCCCAUGUCUCCAAUGGUGCCGAAGAGGAGGAAGAGUUGUAA